UAUUCUUUUCUGGGUCACGAUAUCCCCACGUGAUUAAUGACGUAAAACCCUAUUGUAGAAAGUGGUGGAUGUGAAAAGUUGAUACAGUGAACGUCCAGGUUUACCGGAUUUCAAGAUGUGGACCUAAGUAAUCAAGUAGUUACCACAUUUUAAAAACACAUUCCAAAGCUCAAUCUGUGAUAGAAAUAAAACACAUUCCAAUAUGGAGAUAAACUGGACUAGACAACUGCUGUGUAUAGUUACACUUAUUUUGCUGGCACAAAGCUCAGAAAGUUCUUCAGAAACAGUGACUCCUGCCAAUGUCACAGAUACUUACAGUAACCAUGCAGACAUCAACAGUAAUAUAACUUGGGCCAGUGUGCCCUCUGGAGCAUCAUACCCAGCAGAAACCCCUUAUGAUGAUGCUGGGCUGGGGGCACUGUAUAGCAUGGCCACUGGGUUUAUCAACAUUGUGGGAUCAACUCCACUCCCAUAUGAUGCUGUUGCAUCCCUCAUUAGAGGUGGUGGAUUUGAAAUAAAUUCAUUUAUAUCCUAUGGCAUUGGCUGGGGAAUCUGCAUUGGCAUAGGGAUUUUAUUUAUUCUGAUCAUGCCCAUUGUUGCUUGUUGCUUCUGCUGUUGCCGAUGUUGUGGAAAUUGUGGCGGCAAGAUGGAGCAUAAAGGCCACCAUGAUGACGAUGCCAUGUGCCGGAAAGUCACUUACAGCAUCCUUCUUUUAGUUUGCACUACAUUUAUGAUGAUUGCCAUCAUCUGUGUCUAUGUCACCAAUGACAAGGUGUCUGCUUCCCUGGGCACUACUGGAACUACCCUAAAUGAGACAAUGACAACUGUUAAUACAUAUGUUAAUAAUACAGUGGAGCAAAUCAACUAUGUAGCUAUCAAGGACUUCGAGUUUGCAAGAAAGGUUAUCGACAGGGACUUGGAUAAUAUAGGCGUUCUGGUUGGAGUUCCAGUGCGCACCACUCUGGCCACUACAGGGAACGUGGAUAAUGCAAUCAACAGCAUUAUUGCCUUGGAUGCCACUAUCCAGGAUCUGGCCACCAAAUUGAUCGCUGUGAACACUUCAGUAGCUGUGUUCAAAGAGAAGGGAAAUAUCCUGAUAAGUGAACUCAACAGUACAGCCACGAAUAUCUCUAAUACCAUCAGUACAUGUGGAGCGCAAUGCAGCUCAAUAAAUCCAAAUCAGCUGCAAAUGUCUGCAGAUCUGAACCAGCUGCCUGAUAUCUCUAGCCAAGUCAGUCAGAUAGAUAGUGUCAUGUCCAACAAUAUCACUGCACUGGCAUUGGAUGGCAAGAAACAGUUUGAUGACAUUCCAGAACGAGUGACUAAUGAAACUCGGGCCACGGUAACAAGUAUUAAAAUCAUGCUUAGUAAUUUCACCACAACCAUCAGCUCAUCUCUUAGUGUCAUUACUACUAUGACUGGCAUGAUUUCAAAUUUGUCCUCUUCAUUGAAUCCUGUGUAUACAGGCCUGGAUCAGGCCAAGCAGUAUGACAGUUACAGGAACUACGGAGGCAUCGGCUUGUCCUGCCUGUUGUUGCUGAUUGUCAUUUUCCAGUUCAUUGGUUUGGUUAUGGGCAUAUGUGGUCACAAAAAAGUCACCCCAACUGAGCGAAGUGGAGUUUCUAAUUGUGGUGGAUUGUUCUUAAUGGCAGCUGUUGGCCUUUGUUUUAUCUUCUCCGUCUUUUUGAUGCUGUUUGUGGUGAUCAUGUUUCCCAUUGGUGGUAUCUUGGAGAAAGAAGUGUGCCAACCGCUGACUGAUGACCCCACUUAUUCAUCUCUCGGCAAGUUGGUUGACAACAGUGACAGUUUGAUUAGUACAGUCAUGUUUGGUAGCCAGGGUGGCUAUGUAAUGGGGAUUCUGCUUGGUAAUACAAGUAUUCCAUUGACACUUGGAGGAGUAUUGACGGAUUGCAAGAAUGACAUGGCAGCGUACACUGCAUUAAAACUGAAUAAUAUGUUUGACAUCUCUUCUGUCACAAAUUACAGAUCACAAAUUGAUAUCACUACCCAACUGGAUUCCUUGAAUGUGGACUUGAGCACUGUGACCAUUCUCAGUUCAAACACGGAAACCCAACUGACAGACUUCCACAACUCCCUCGACAUAAACUUUCAAGGUUUUCUGGAUCAGACCAACCAAAGCACCACUCAAGUGGACCUGAAUGCCUUUGCCAAUGAGUUGAGGAACUUGUCAGCAAAUUUGAUGGCUAUCAAUGCUAGCGCUUUCGGCACUGUUGCGGCUGAGCUCAACUACAGUGCAGACAGUUUGGACUCCAUCCAAUCCACCACCGUGCCUGCAGUGAACAAUGCUCAGACCCAGAUCACUACCAACAUAGAGAACUUGGCAGCAGCAGCUCCAGUAGCUCAGACCACAGUGAACAACACCUUGAACAACACCAGGACUGCUCAGACCUACAUCCAGACCAAUGGAUCUGGUGUGGUGGUAGAUGAAGCGAAAAACUAUGCUAAUAGGAUUCUAGGUGUUGCAGACCAGUUUGUUGCCAGAGCAUUAUCGGCCGUUUCAAAUGAUGUUGGAAAGUGUAAACCAGUUUACACAAUCUUUAAUUCCUUCUUCAACACCCUAUUCUGUGGAAACGUAGUGGACACAUUGAAUGGGUUCUGGUUUACAUUGGGCUGGUAUGUGUUCUUCAUGGUACCAAGUAUCAUCUUUGGAGUGAAGUUGGCCAAACAUUUCCGCAGGAUGAACUUUGAAAUCACUCAUGAAGAUCCUCGCACUGACAGCCAAGAAAGUAUGAACUCGGAGAAGAAGCCAGGCUUUGGAAAACGUCUUACUAGUAAAGUGUCCCCUCAUAAUUUGCAAAGAUCCAGAAUUCUUUUCAUUGGGACCUGUAAAAAAUGAAGUAGGCAUCGCAUAAUAGAUGACAGCGCAGGAUGAGCCAGAUUGGUGGAGAUAUUUAAAUUUGUCCUUGGGAGACAAAAAGGAUUCAUUUAAUGAGGCUGCUGUUAUGAUGAUAUUGGUUUGAGACUGCUUGGAUUGAAAAAUACUAUUAUAUUGUGUAUUACUUUACCGUUUAUUUAAAUGGAGAGUGGCAUUAUUGAAAGUUGGUUAUAUUUUGUCGUUUGUAAUAGUUUGCACAUGCACUAGUCAUUCCCAAUUUAUUUUGACAUUUAUUCAAUUGUCUCGGCAGUUGAUUGCAUAACCUGGUUGUAAUGUAGCUACAGUAUCUGUUACUUGCACAACCUCAUUUUUAUGUACAGACACCUCAUGUCUGUACAUAUAGCCAGCACCUGCUUCUGUUGUCGCCACUGUUGUCAUCACCAUCCACUUUCAGAGUUUAGGAGUUGUGUUAUUUCAAAAGUAUUGCUUAGUGAUGAAAAAUUUUCAAAAACUAGGAGAGAUGCACCCACGAUACAAUUUAAUUUGAAUUGGAAGUCAUAUAUUGGCAAUCUAAAUGUGACCUUGAUUUAACUUUUUUGACUAUUUUCCACAACGAAGUGUACUUGGCAAAUUUUCUGCCAGUUACAUCUCCAAAACCGGCAGAUACGCAACCCAUUUUGUGCAUCAUUUCUUGCUUUUGGGUCUGUACAUUUUGAAGGUUUGGUGCUUGUUAUUGUAAAUCAUUUUGUCGUGUACUUUAAAAACAUGGUUUUAGCAUAAUUUUACCAAUUGCUUUAAAUGUGUUUUUUUUAAAUGUUUUUAAUAAGUAUCUGUUGCAUGAGUUUCAAAUAUUGCAAUGAACUGGAAUAUAGGAUGAAAAAAAACAUUUGCUAAUGUUAAAAGCUUUUUGCUCAGACUUAGGGUUAGUAAGUUGUCUCAUAUCAAUGCCCAUACACAGGAAAACAGUGUUAGUUGACAGUAAAGACUAAGAACAUAGCCCAUUUUGAAUGUAUAGUUUAGCAGAACAAGGCCAGUGAGUAUAGACAUAAUGCUUAUUGCACCCUAAGCUGCACCUUACUAAGAGCAGAUAAUCCUAGACACAAGAAAGAUGACGUUUUCUCAGCCAGUUGGACUGUUAUGAAUGUUGAAAAUUGAUAUGAAAGAGGAGGACAUUGGCAACUUGCUCCUCUAUGAGGUUCAAAUGUUGAUGUCAAGAUACUCCAAUGAUGACUGUGAUGUAGUGAAAAAAUUAGACCAGAAGUUAUAGUAUGCCUUUGAUAGUCUGUUGUUGAGCCCUUAGUUGGUGUUCCUAAAGAUAAGAAAUUAGUUAUCAUUACAAAAAGUAUGAAUUACAGAUUGGUUAACAGCCUUCAAAAGGUGAAAACCGUCCUUCUGGCUAAUAUCUCCAUGCUUGCAAUUAUGGUUCAGGGUUAUAUAGUUUAACAUGACAUUCAUAAUAACGUAUUGACAUCUAUUUUUUAAGAUUCUUUUUCAUGUUUAUUCUUUACAAUUUAUCUCUUUCUUUCAUACCAUUCCACAAAAAGAGACAUGGUUUAUACCCUCUCACCUAAGUGACCUUUUCAUUUUACUAGUCUGUUCAAGUUUUCAUUUGUUGCAUUCCGAACUCUGUCCGUCCAUUUUUAAAGGAAAGUCUACAUUAUAUUCUACUUUGUACUCUUUUUAAAAAUGUUUUCACUUUGUAUUGUAUUUUUGUAUAUAUAUCAACAUGAUGUGACUUUGGAUUGAUUAUUUGAUGACAUAUCAAUGUAUUCAGCUUGUAAAUAUUUGUUCUUAUAUUUCUCAUGAAGUGGCUUUAUACUAACAGUAUAGUGGGUGUUAAUUUUAUGUAUUAUCCAAUUUGAUAACAAAUAAAAGUACACUACGCAAAUGCCAAAGCCCAAGAAGUGGUCAGUGAGCCUCUCACAUGUGUUCUUAAAUGUGUUGCCAGUCAUAAACGUUGAGUGUAAUUGCAGUGGAAUGUCCUAAUAAACAGGAUAUAAUUUA